AUGUCUGGCCCCACACUACAGCGGGAGAUUGCUGCGGUGGAACAGGCGCUGUCUACCGAGAUCCGCAGGCGCAGCGACUUGGAAGCGAGGCUAGCGGCUACAGUUGAUGCUGAGGUGCGCAAAGCAGUUAGGGAGGCGGCAGGGGCCAUUGAAGCACAGCUGAGCUCCGGAUACCGACGCCAUGUGGACGACAUGAGCACGCGGCUUCUCGUCGCGGAGCGCUCCCUUGGAGCACUUCGAACUCGUCUGGAGACGGAGGUUGGCAGGAAAGAGCUGGGCGCGAAGAGUGUGAGCGAAGUAUCUGACCGACAUAUCUCCUGGUUGGAAGCUCGCGUGACAGAGCUGGAGCUGAAGGGCCACGACACGCUUCCCAUGGAGGUGGCCAGGCAACUGCAGCUGAUGCGACAGCAGCUACUGGAUGAGGCAGCCUCGAGGUGGGCAGAUGUUGCGGGGCCCCUUCAGGUAGGAACAGCUGAGAACCGGCAGAGAGUAGAUGCUCUGGAGCAGUGGCUGAGGGAGGCUCUUGCCCCGGAGUUGGUCCGGCUGCAGCUGGACUUGGCUUCCGAACAUCGCUGCCGAGAACGCUUGGAGUCUGUCGUGAACAAGCAGCUGGCCCUCUCAAAGACUUUGGAGAGGGCCAGGGCGGUGUCGGUUUCUCCGAGACUGUCACACGCUCCGCAAGCAGCGCCAGAACCGCCGAGCAAGCCGACGACGCGGACAAUCACUGUUUCCACUGCACCGCCCGUGGCAGCACCACGCACGCAAGCCUCUUCAGAGGGCCUCCCCGUUUCGACGGUGGAAAUAGUCCCAGCAGAGCCGCUCCCAGCAGGCGGAUCUUUCGCAUCAACGGCUGCUGCACCUCAGGAUGUGGCUUCUCCUGCCACGGCCAAAGAAUUGGGCGCACAGGCUGACAGCGUCGACCGCGUCGUUUCAUCUGAAGACGUUGCUCUGCCGUCGGACGCACGUCCAGUCAGCGCCGCCGCACCUGUGGAAAUGGCAGAUACUUCCGGACAAGGAGAACCUUUGCCGCCGGUGCCAUCGGCCUCGUCGCACGAUGCCGCGCCUGCUGCCCCACAUCGGCAGACGAGGGCUCUUCUCGGCCGCAUGCGGCAAAGUUUGAAGAAGUAG